AUGUCUUCGCUUUCGUUUAAAAACACUGUGGCAACAAACAAUUUUCAAGGUUUAAAUGAAGCGCAAACAUCGAGCACUCACGGCAUAUCAAGUAUCCCAACGUUUGGCUCCCAACAGGAAAAUAUAGUAAGGAAUAACAACUCAUCUAUUUUAAAUGUUGAUCCAGUGAAAGCUUUUCAAUUUAGCGGCCCCACUAUAAAUUCCCAUUCAGGCUAUCCUCAUGUUUCUAAUGUUAAUAAUACAAUAAGCAAUGGACAGAACCAAAGUUUUCUCUCUACAAAUGUAAAUCCAUUCACACUUCCUUACGGUUCGUUUAAUCCGACACAAACGCAUGCAGUGCCUCGUCUCUCCUCUAUACCAUUAACACAUAAUUAUUUUAAUUCUUCAAUUCCUCAUUCUUCUAAUGCAUUCAACCCGUCGUUUUUACAACAAAAUAAUUCUUUUCAGACGCCGGCGUUUAUGUAUAACAAUAGUAUGCCUGCGUCAACUAUUCUGCAAUCACAUACAAAUAACUUAACAGCUGAUGUGUCGUUAUCCACGUCGCAGGUUGCAGCACGUCAAGCAAUUAGUAAAGAUUUACCAAAUUUUUGUGGCAAUCCAGAGGAAUGGCCAAUUUUUAUAACCAACUAUGUGCAGUCGACGGAGAGGUGCGGAUUUACAGAUCAAGAAAAUCUGAUACGUUUGCAAAAAUGUUUAAAGGGGCAGGCUUUAGAAGCUGUGAGAGGCAAGCUGAUGAUGCCAGCAACUGUAAACUUUGCUAUUGAAACUCUACGCAUGUUAUAUGGAAGACCAGAAAUAAUUCACCAUGCUUUGCAAAUAAAACUUAAAGAACACAUACCGGUGCGAAAAGAUAAAUUGGAUACUCUUAUACAACUUGCCCUUGCUGUACAAAACUACAGAACAACAAUGCAGGCAAUGGGUCUUGGAGAUUAUCUUAAUGAUCCAAUGUUAUUAGAUGAUUUAGUUCAGAAAUUGCCGUGUGAUUUGAAAUUAGAUUGGGGUCGAUAUCGUUGUUCUUUUCCAAGAGUCGACAUUAUCAUUUUUGAUGGAUGGCUAUAUAACUUAGCUACUUGCGCAUCCCACGUGACUACAUUUACACCUACAAACAUGGAUGAAACAAAAGGGUCCGGGAAAGAGCGUCUACAUUUACAUGAUACAGUCGAUAAAAACACUAAAAAUUAUAUAGCUACAAUCUCUUGUUUAAAAUGUUCUCAGAGUCACCGUUUAGCUGAAUGUCCAGAAUUUCUGUCUUUAUCCGUAAAUGAAAGGUGGAAUUUUAUUCGUGAAAGUAACCUAUGUCUGCGCUGCUUUAAAAAACAUUCCUUGCGACGCUGUUUCUCAAAAAAACAAUGUGACGUGGACAAUUGUAAAAUGCCGCAUAAUCCUCUCUUGCAUAAUGUGAAUCUUGGUCAACAUCAAAAUAAGCCUCAAGAACAAAGUGCAAACGAAAACUCGUCGGUUUUAUUUCACAAAAAAGAAAAUAAGUCACUGUUUCGUUAUGUUCCGGUCACACUCUAUGGGAAAACUCAUUCGUUAAAUACGUUUGCUCUAAUUGAUGAAGGUUCAUCGUGCACCUUAAUCGAAAACGAGCUUGCAUUAGAGUUAGGCUUGGAUGGGCCUGCAGAAGAGUUAUGCUUGCAAUGGACGGGUGAUAUAACACAAACCGAUGAAAGCUCAAAAAAGGUAUAUUUGCAAAUAUCACCGCGCGAUCAGGUCGCAAAUAAAAUGGCUUUACACAAUGUACGAACUAUUUCCAAUCUCGACCUUCCUAUACAAACACUCACAAAAGAGGACAUCGCUCAAAACGAACACCUAAAAAAUAUUUCCAAUUUGUCAUACACGUCAGUGAAAGCAAAACUUCUAAUAGGGCUGGAUAAUGCAAAACUUUGUGUCCCAUUGGAAAUUAGAGAAAGUGCAAACGAUGGAUUAAUUGCCAUAAGAUGCCGAAUCGGUUGGGGCGUCUACGGCCGCCAAUAUACAGGUUCUACUUCUCCUAAUAGAGUAAUGCAUGUUUGCCCUUGUAAUGUGUAUGAUCGCAUGGAUGAAUUAAUACAAAAUUAUUUUUCUCUAGAUUCAAUAGGAAUAAAAUUAAAUAUUAAUCCACUUCGUUCCAAAGAAGAUGAACGAGCUAAAUCUAUUAUGGAGUCUACCACAAAAUACAUUGCUGAGAAAAGGUCUUGGGAAACCGGUUUGUUGUGGAAAUAUGAAACCAUAUGCUUGCCUGAUUCAUUACCUAUGGCUCGUCGUAGAUUGUUUUGCUUGGAGGCUAAAAUUAACAAAAAUGACAAACUUAAAUCCUUCUUGGUUGAAAAAAUAAAAGACUAUGAGCGAAAAGGCUAUGUUAGAAAGUUACAGAAAAAUGAAAUUUCUUAUGGUGGUAAAUCAUGGUUUAUUCCAAUUUUCACAGUGAUAAAUAAAAAUAAAAACAAAAUUCGCAUCGUUUGGGACGCCGCAGCUGCAGUAGAAAAUGUUUCUUUAAACUCCGUGCUUUUGAAGGGCCCAGAUUUAUUGAAGUCAUUAUUGGGCGUAAUUCUCCGUUUUCGUGAGAGGCCAAUUGCUAUUGCUGGUGACAUUCGAGAAAUGUUUCACCAGAUUCGUGUUACAAAGGUGAUCAAAGUGCCCAGCAAUUUUUAUGGCGUGACGGUGAUACGUCUCGGAAAAUAG